UUUCUUCUACGAAAGAACAACAAAACAUCCGACAAAAAUACAAAAAUUAGAAUCCGACACGUGAAAAUCAUGAAAGAGGGCGUCCAAUUCCCGACCAUCUCCGUCGUCGUCAUCGGCGACAAGUCCUCCGGCAAAACCAGCGUCCUCGAGUCACUCGCCGGAAUCAGCCUCAGCACCAGAGGAGGCCAACCCAUCUGCACACGUGUCCCACUCAUCAUGCGUCUCCAGAACCACCCAAACCUUAACCCUGAACUCUUCCUCGAGUUCGCCGGAAAAACCGUACCCACCGAUGAACAACACGUCUCCGCCGCCAUCAGCCUCGCCACCGAAGAAAUCGCCGGCAAAGGAAAAGGUCUUUCCAAUAACCCCAUAACCCUAGUCGUGAAAAAGAACGGCGUCCCUAAUUUAACCAUUGUUGAUCUGCCCGGAAUCACUAGGGUUCCGGUUCACGGGCAGCCCGAGGAUAUACACGAACAAAUCUCCAAAAUAAUAAUGGAGUUUAUCACACCGGAAGAGAGUAUAAUCCUCAAUGUUUUGCCGGCGAGUGUCGAUUUCUGCACGUGUGAGUCGAUAAGGCUGUCUAAGAAAGUCGAUCGAACCGGUCGGAGAACCCUAGCUGUCGUCACGAGAGCCGAUCAAUCCCCACAAGGACUGCUCGAUAAGGUCGCCGCCGAUGACGUCAGCAUCGGCCUCGGUUACGUCUGCGUGAGGAACCGUAUCGGCGACGAGUCGUUCGAUGAAGCUCGCGAGGAAGAAGCUAGGCUCUUCGAUACUCAUCCCCAUCUUUCGAAGAUCGAUAAAUCCAUAGUCGGGAUUCCUGUUUUAGCCGAAUGGCUGGUAUGUAUUCAAGCCGGAAUCAUCAUUAAGUUUUUGCCCGAAAUUGUUAGGAAGAUCAACGAGAAGUUGACUUCUUUUAGUCAACCAUGCACCACAUACAAGCAUAUUCUUGAUCAUGCUAAAGAUUCCUUGAGAAAGAUUCUUUUGCAAGGGGAGUUCGGCGAAUAUCCGGAUGAAAACGCGAUGCAUUGCACCGCUCGAUUGGCUGAAAUGCUCAACAUGUACUCCGAGGCUCUGAAACCCGAUGCUCAAGACAUUUCAAAUUGUUUCGCAAAGUCCUUGAUUGACAAGAUUAGGGUUCUUGAGGAAUCGAUAUCGGAUUUCCGUGCUAUCCUUGAGAACAAGAUGGAGGCUAUAUAUCCUAUAUCGUUUAUUUUCAUAGAGAACGUAUGGGACUACGUGGAGAGAGUUUUCGUACGCGUCUUAUCAAGGCACUACGAAAACCACCCGGAAUUCCUUCCGCUCGUAAAACGAAAGGCCCAAAAACUUAUCGCAAUGAAGAAGAAACAAUCAAUUGAUUGGGCGAAGGAUGCCGUCGAGAUGGAGAUGAAGCUCGCCGAUUACACGUGUCAUCGCGAGCACUACUCCGCUUUGUAUAGGAAGCUAAUGGCCGAUGAGGAUGAGUUCUUGGAAGCCUUUGGCGGCAAUAAUAUUGGCGGCGGCGUGUUUCGAAAUGCCGACGGCGUUCAUCUCCGUGAGAUGGAGACGAGUUUGAAAGAGGAGGCGUUCGAUGUGGCGACGAGGGUUCGAGCUUAUUGGGAGAUGGUUUCGACGAGGAUGGUCGAUAACAUGGCGUUGCACUUGCGAUUCGCCGUUCGUAAUCUAGUGACACAAGAUAUUGAAGCUUUGAUCACUUGAUCAGAAAAUUCAGAUUUUAAGUAUUAAUUAUUGCAUCUCUUCUGUUUGGAAGUUUGAUUUAUGCUCUUAAAUUUUUAUUUUAUUUAUUUAUUUAUUUUUAGUUUUUCUUUUUUUAUUGUUUUUGUUUUUGCUUUUGCUGAAAUCAGUUGAAACUGAUGUGUUGAAUUGAACCAUCUUCUUUUUAAUUGACAGAAUUGUUUCUGGAAGAUUUUGUUACUGGUGGUUCCAUUAUAUAUAAUUUUUAACUUCUGUGAUUAUUCUGAGUUAUUUAUAGGUUAAUUCUAAGCAAGUAAUAAGUAUUCUGAGUUAUUACAGCGAAGGCCUUGAGGUAAGGUCAAUUUACGAAAAACUUCCUCGGGUAAUUAAACCUACCUUCUUUAACUAUGUAUUUUCUUAUGAAUAAACCCCUCAUUCAGUUGGUAAAUUUGACAUCCGUGUAAAACAAUACAUAUAUAGUUGAUGGAUAAUUGUAAUUAUCCAAAUGAAAAGGCUAUUUUCGUAAUUUGACUUUACCUUAGAUGUGUCCGUAAUUUGUCUGUACUAAUAGUUGUCAAUGUGCAAUAUAAAUGUGUGUAAAUAAGUAUUAAGUUUCAUGUACAUCAAUUAAGAAAAAAUGUGUGGUUUGAUUUUGUUCAGUAUUUAUUAUAUAUAAAUGUGUGAAUGGAUCUAUAGUGGUACUUGUCAAUGUCAAAUAUCUUUCAUUAAUGGAUAAUAUACUUUUACUAAGUUUUGCUCACUAAAUAAUAGAGGUUAGUAACAUGUUUGUUUGACAAAAUUUAUAUUUUUUUUUAAAUUUGUUACUAAAUUUAAAGUCUGUUAGUAAAUGCUACUAUUUUAUUAAAUUAAUAGCGCCCCUACACAAGAUUAAUUUGAUACGGGAAGUAAAGACAAUUUUAUCAAUCAAACUACAUGUUAAUUUUAUUAAAUAACAGAUUUUAUAGACAAAUCACAUAAAAUACCAGAAUUUAACAUCGUUAGCGUACCUAUAUCGGAUUGCAUGGGAUUAGGCGAGAUUGAAUUAGUAUCCAGUAAAAUUUAGAUUCAAUCUAGUAUUAAAUUUGUUAAAUUCCACUAUUAAAUGUGAAAUGUCUAAAAAGUCUUUUAAUUUAUACAAUUAAGAUAUUAUUUUAAGGACAAUUACAAAAUUAAUCGCAUGGGGAAGAGUGCUACUAAUUUAAUCACAUAGUAACAUUUAAUUGCGGACUUGACUAAAUAUGAAUCUUAUCAACCAGACAUCUUAUUAGCCUAUACUAUUUGGUUAAUAGAACUUAAUAACACCAAGCAAACGAGGCCUUAAUACAAGAUCAAACCCAAUAAAUCAAUCUUCUUACUAACUAAAUAACUAAUUAGUCAGUAGAGGUAACUAAUCCAAACUAAUCUGAUAGAGGUAAUUGAACGAGCCAAAUGCGUCAUAAAUAAUCAUUACGACACCAGAAUUUGAUCGCGGCAAAAACAAUCUAACACUAGAGUCAAUCUUUUUUAGUCCAAAAAAACUUGGAGAUUUUUUGUAAGAACGAUUAAUAAAAUUCUGGUCAAUUACUUCUAGUUUCAAAGAUUAAGGGCUACUUAUCCUUGUAAUUAGGUUAAUAUGAACUUGUAACUUUUAAUUAAGCUUGAUUAGUUUAAUUGGGCCCAGACAGGUAAGAACACACGGAAUUGGGCUUCCAAUUGUUUCAAAAUUUAG